UAGAAGAGAAGCGGUGGCGCAAUAGUCGCGUGGAUGUGCCAGUAAGGAUUGUUUUAAAUGUUUACGAAUAAACAUUUGCGUUUGUUAAGUAAAGUUCAUCCUUACCACCACAAGGUGGAGCUGCCUCCCCGCUUCUCUCCCACCACUGUUUCCAGCCGAGGAGGAGCAAAGUUCCACAAUUAGUUUUUUCCCCCCCAGGAAAGUCAGAUGCCCUCUUCCAUCAGCUUUCUGUGUUCAAAUGGCACAUCUGUGUGCAUCACAUCGUUGGAAUGCUGCUAAACAGCUGUCAAACUGCUGAAGUUUGCAGACGAUACCUCAGUCAUCGGCCUCAUCAAAGACGGUGACGAGUCUGCGAAGCGGAGCUUCUGUGCGCCCAACAAAGCCUGGAGCUCAACACGCUCGAGACUAGAGAUGAUCGUAAACGUCACGAAACAUCCUUCGCCACAGCCGCCCCUCACCGUGGCCCGUGUCAACCGUCGGGACCUUCAAAUAAUCUGGACUACCCGGGGCUCAAAGAAGGGGGAGGACUUCAGCGUGGAGAAAGCCGCGUCUCUGUUUCACCGGCCCGACAAGUUGCAGCGGGAAGAGUCACUGGAUUGGAAGCGUUUGGCCUCAACCUGGCAAACAUGGAACUCCUUUUUCUACUAGGAAGCAGCACGCACUCAAAGCUCACAUCUCUACUCUUCUUCUGCUGCUGCUGCUUUGUGUGGAGAUCAGAAGCCGACUGUCCCAUGCCUCAGAGAGGGGAAAACACCGUGUUGAGCGACCAGGCGCUCCUGAUGAAUACAUUUCCGGAGGGUUCCAACGUCACGUUGGUGUGUUCGAAUGGCUUUGAAAAAGAGUCGGGCUCGGAUGGCAUAAGUUGCCAGGCUGGCAACUGGACUCGUAUUGAGCUCCUCUGCAAAAAGAUCAACUGCGGUGUCCCUAAAUCUCAACUGAACAUGAAAUUCAACACCAGUGCCGGCACCCUCUUCGGGGACGUUGUGAAAGUCACGUGUGAUAAAGGUUACCAGAUUAGCGGCUCCAGCUACAAGCAGUGCUACUCGUGGGGCUGGAUGGGAAAAGCCAAGUGUCACAUUAAAACGUGCAAAAAGCCCGCAGAGGUGACCAACGGCAAAAACUCGUGGGAUUCCAAAGUCCUCCCAACGUACGGCCAGGUGAUCCUGUACAACUGCGAUGAAGGCUACACGCUCACUGGGAACGACACCAUCCAAUGCAGCGAGACGGGUGAAUACGACUCUUUGCCUCCAGAAUGCAAAGGUGGUUUCCCACGUUUUGCCGACGUUUCACCGUCAACGAGUCAGUCGACCACGAGUCAGUCGACCACGGCAGCAGCAGCUCAGAGAGAUAAAAUUAUCACGGGCGGCGCAGAAGUCACCACGCGGCGAGAUGGCGGACACGCGUUGACGACGGAGGAAGCGGUGGGGACGGCGGCGAGCAAUGUGACGCCAUGGCCGACAUCUUUCUUUCCAGAAACAUAUGACGCGGCCACAGACGCCAAAAAAAAGGAUAUUGAUUAUCUCCCUGUUAUAAUCAGCGUGGUAUUCAUCUCACUCGUGGUCUGCACAGGGGCGCUCUGUCUGCAUCUGUGUCUUCUCAGGAGGAAAGGCUCGUAUGACACCAGAGAAGACGUAAAGCCCGAGUUCUUACUUUUCCAAAACGUCUAGAAGUCCGGCCUCACUAAAAGUUGGAAGCAUGCCUAUCUGCUGAAGAGCAUCUGGGAAGCCAGGAAGGACAUGCCAACACACUGGAGCAGUUCCUCUGAAGGAAAUAAAGGGGAAAAAAGGAAUUUGAUAAAUAAUAUUGCACUUCCACUGGCAAGCCAUUCUGUUGAGUCAAUGUGUCACCAGUCCAAUGAUAGUCCACUGGUCAAGCACUUUCAUUUUUAUUGUUACAUUUUCCACACAGUUGUAAAUAUUUAAUGUUAUCUAAGUAUUUUUUAUUAUAUUUUUUUUAUAUUAAUAACUGGAAUAAAUUGUGUCGAUGGUCCCAAAUGUUCACUUUUGCCAGGU